AUGUCAAAACUGUGUGGUUUGAACGUAGUUCAGCUACGAGAAGAACUACAGAAACGAAGCCUUGUCACAAGUGGCAACAAAGAAGUACUAGUAGCACGUUUGAGAGAAGCUCUCAUUGACGAAGGUAAGAACCCAGACGAAUUCAAGUUUGAUGGUGCUGACGAAGACAAUGAAAUUAGCACAGGCACGUUUACAACCGCUAAAAUGAUGGAACUUCUGUUUAGUAUGUCAACUGAAAUAAAACAACAGUCCGAACGACAGACAGAAGAGUUAAAACAGAUCAAAGAACAGUCCGAACGAUAG